CAGGUUCGCCACAAUGAAUAUCCAACCUGUCUUAUACCUUCUGUCUUUUUUGCUGGACAGUUUAUAUCCUUCACGAAGUCAAGCUGGCAUUAUUAAAUGGUUGAAAAGCUCAAGUAGUGGCUUGAAGAAAAAUGAAGUGUAUGGACCGCCAAACGAGGAAAACUCCAGCGAAGGUGGCAGCCCUUCAAACUUUGUUGUCGGCCCAGCUAAUACGAACGGAUCGGUGAGACAAACGAGUUCUGGACAAGUGUACAACGUGUUGAUUGAGCAACAAAGAGGGAAAACAAGAGAGUGUGAAGAAGAAAUAAUAAUUUCUUUGAAAGAUAAGAAACAUAAGUCACUCAGUGGAAAAUGUACGAAAUCUGGCUCACCGAAAAUAAUAAAGAACGUCGGAGAUUUCCUAUUAGUGGAAGGUCCUGAAGAAAACUUUUGUGCGUUCUCAACUAAUAAUAACGAAGUAAUAUACCUGCUGGAUGGAAAAUGGAAGAAAGGGGAGUACGGCAACGAUAAUGCUAACGACAAAGAACUAACUUCAACUGAGGUGGAUGAAUUGAAAAGGAGGAUCAAAAAGUGGCUAUCGUUCUUUGAGGAGUCUGACAAAGAAAUCGAGAGGCUAAGAAGUUUGAAGAAUGCCAUCAGAGUCAAAUUCUUUAAUGAAAGAAAUAGACUUACACAAUUGCUACAUCAUGAAAGAGGAACCUGUAUACAAAGCCGAAACGAAAUAAACCAACAAAAAAAUCAUGAGUGGCAGAGACACAGUUCAGUGAUGAGAAGCAUUUAUAGCCAAAGAGGAUUAGGAAAACUCACCUCAGAUGCAGCAGACCGUCUCAUAACUGAAGAAGACACUAAAUACAACAAAAACAUUGACGAUUUGGACAAAAUGCAAGCCAGAGAAGAAGAAAGAUUGGUUGAAGCAAACAAUUCUUACGAUAAGCAAAUGGAAGAAGAAGAGAGUAAAACGGCUGAAGAAAUACGCAAAUUAAACUUUCUGGAAGGGAAAGAAGUUGAACGAGUUUUCAAACAGAUCAAAAUAAAUAUCAGCCAAGGGUGGUAA